AGACAGGAGCUGCCUCUCAGCACAGCUACAAAACACUUUAAACCUGACCAGCUAAAUGGAUAAAGCUAUCCUGCACAGCCUUUAACUGGGGGGUUACACGGCACGGGAGGCCUGCCUGCUUCGGGAGCUGGGCGCUGGAGAUGGAUUGCUGUAUCUGGGAAUGGCAGAAGGCAGCAGAAUGAGAGCUGCCAGGGAACUUUGUGUGGGGCUCUGGCGUGCACGCUGGAUGGCGGUGAUGCGAGUGGCAGCCGCGCUGUGACAUGAAGAUCCUGAUGGUUUAAGGAGCAGUUUUAAAAAGAAGAGAGAGGAAGAGAGGGGAAAAAAGCAAAAAAGGGGAAGAGAGAGCGAAGAAAACAGCUGGCGAGAGGAAGAGGAGGAGGUUUGUUGGUGACAAAAGGAUGGGUUUCCAUUUAAUUAAGCAGCUGCGGGGCAUGAGUGUGGUGUUAGUGCUACUUCCUGUGGUGCUAUUUGUUGUGCUUGCGGGGGCUCAGCGAGCUUGCCCCAAGAACUGCAGAUGCGAUGGCAAGAUUGUGUACUGCGAAUCUCACGCGUUCAGAGACAUCCCUCAGAAUAUUUCUGGAGGGUCUCAAGGCUUAUCGUUGCGGUACAACAGCAUUCAGAAGCUUAAAUCGAAUCAGUUUGCGGGCCUGAAUCAGCUCAUAUGGCUUUAUCUUGACCAUAAUUACAUCAACUCCGUGGAUGAGGAUGCGUUUCAGGGGAUCCGCAGGCUGAAGGAAUUAAUUCUGAGCUCCAACAAAAUUACCCAUCUGCACAACAAAACGUUUCACCCGGUCCCCAACCUCCGCAACCUGGACCUCUCGUACAACAAGUUGCAGGUGCUGCAGUCUGAGCAGUUUAAGGGCCUUCGUAAGCUCUUGAUCUUGCAUUUGCGCUCUAACUCGCUGAAGACUGUGCCGAUCCGAGUUUUCCAAGACUGCCGCAACCUCGAUUUUCUGGAUUUGGGCUACAACCGCCUGCGGAGCUUAUCCCGUAAUGCCUUCGCUGGCCUUUUGAAGUUGACGGAGCUCCACUUGGAGCACAACCAGUUUUCUAAGAUCAAUUUUGCCCACUUCCCACGCCUCUUCAACCUUCGCUCGAUUUACUUGCAGUGGAAUAGGAUCCGAUCUAUCAGCCAAGGGUUAACGUGGACUUGGAGUUCCUUGCACAACUUGGAUUUAUCAGGAAAUGACAUUACAGGGAUAGAGCCCGGGACGUUCCAGUGCCUCCCCAACCUGCAAAAGCUGAACCUGGAUUCCAACAAACUCACCAACAUCUCUCAGGAGACCAUCAAUACGUGGAUCUCACUCAUCUCCAUCACUCUAUCCGGAAAUAUGUGGGAAUGUACUCGAAGCAUUUGCCCUCUGUUUACUUGGCUUAAGAAUUUCAAGGGAAAUAAAGAAAGCACUAUGAUAUGUGCAGGCCCUAAACAAAUCCAGGGUGAAAAAGUGAGCGAUGCUGUGGAGACAUACAAUAUCUGUGCUGAAAUCCAGGUGGUGGUUACUGAAAGAUCCUAUCAGGCUCCCAGAACCCCCCAGAGACCUGUCUUUAUUCCUAAGCCUACCGUUUCCAAACUUGAAAGCAAUCAGCCAACAUCUGUUGUGCCAAGCCCUUCCACUGACCUCCCAACGCCUGCAGUGGAACCCGAAUACGAGCAUGUUUCCUUUCACAAAAUCAUUGCUGGGAGCGUGGCCCUCUUUCUUUCUGUGGCCAUGAUUUUGUUGGUUAUCUACGUGUCGUGGAAGCGCUAUCCAGCCAGCAUGAAGCAGCUCCAGCAGCACUCGCUCAUGAAGAGGCGCAGGAAAAAGGCCAGGGAGUCUGAAAGGCAAAUGAACUCCCCUUUACAGGAGUAUUACGUGGACUACAAGCCAACAAACUCUGAGACCAUGGAUGUAUCCGUUAAUGGAUCUGGGCCCUGCACGUAUACCAUCUCUGGCUCCAGGGAAUGUGAGGUCCCUCACCACAUGAAGACUUUACCCUACUACAGCUACGACCAACCAGUGAUCAGCUACUGCCAAGCCCACAAGCCCCUCCACGUCAACAAGGGCUACGACAGCAUGGCCCGGGAGCAGCCAGAGCCCACCAACCUGGAACUCAGUCGGGACCACAGCUUCAUAGCCACGAUCGCACGCUCGGCGGCUCCGGCCAUCUACAUUGAGAGAAUACCAAACUAGGGCCGGAGGCAGCGGGGAGCUCUUCCAAAGGACCUUUCAGCUCAGAAGAGAGCAGGGCCAAGAGCUAAAAUCCACCAUUCCACUUCGAGGUGUUCCAACACAGACCACGGGAAGGGGAUAACGCAGACCCCGCAGACUGGAGAUGCUGUCUUGCAGUACACACUGAGAACUUCAGGAUUUUCUUUGCUUUAAACUUUCAAACAAAUUCCUCAAUGUAAAUAUUAAAGAGAGAUUGUCAAGUUCUUAUUAAAAAAAAAAAAUAGAUUUCACUCUAGCUACAUAAAGGGAUGGAUUAAGAGUUUUGUUUGUAUAUUUGAUUUUUCUACAUUGCACGGUUCCAGGGAAGGAGAACCACAGUGGUCGAGCGCUAAUAUUGCAACCUUCAGACAUGGGCAUUACAGCUUAUGUUGAACCAAAAGGACAUUGGCAAUUGAUGCAGCAGAAACAAAGAAACUUGGAUGCAUGUACAUUUAAGAGACAGGCUGUACACUAUGGAGGGUGCUUUUGAUUUUUACUAUCAUCAUUGUGCUUCAUUGUUGACACUAUAAUUACUUCUGGGGCUCUAAAAAAGGGGGAAAACAUACAAUGGUGUAUCGACUCUCAUAUUUACAGUCCAGCUGUGCUGUAAGCAAAAUUGAUGGACAUUUGGGAACCAAAAUGGAAAAGAUGUGCUUGACAUGGAUCAGAAGGAAAAUCUUUUAAAGCAAGAGUGUUUUGGUGAAACUCACUGGCUGACACAAUUUCUAAAACACAGGAGAAUGUGUAACAUUGGGGUUUUUUUGUUUUGGUUUGGUUUGGUUUUUUAUUUUAAAUUAAUUAUCCUGAUCAGUUAGUUUUUGUGUAGUUUUUAUCAAUAAAAUGACAACAAGAAAAAGUGGUGGAAAAAAAAAUAAACAUAUUAUUUUGUGGUUGGGACACCACAGCCAAGCUA